AGCAGAGCGGUCCCAGAGAGAGAACCACACAUAACAGGAAAGCUGCCGGGAGAGGCUCGAUUUAGCUCGCUCCGCUUGAGGUUUCCGAUCCUACAGUCAGCCCCGUCACCGUUAUCAUGCUGACGGGCUCCGCCACCGAUGCCGACGCCCUUUCUGCUCUGGAUCGGGAGAACCAGGAAAAUGUGCCCCCGGGAGCGAGGGGCGACCUUCAGUUCACAACUGCUCCCCUUGGGACCCGGGUAGCCCUGGGGCUGCUGCGGGCCAACCAAGAACACCAUGCCCAGCCACAGGUAUCCCUCAGUCAUAUACCAUGGAGUACCAAUGAUGAGAACUAUGUCAGUGUCCCCCUGGGCAAAAUGGGGGUUAAGCAGUCCGCUUUUACUAUACAUAUGGAUGAGCCUGAUGUCACAAAACAGAAGAAACGCACUGUGUCCAAAAAGAUCUCUGCUAGUGAAAAAUCCUUAGGCUUGAAGACAGCAGUUGCCUCAAUGGGAACCAGGAAACCUCUGACACCUAUAGACAAUCCAAUGGAUCUUAGUUCUGGGUCUCCAAGUAUUAUGGAUAUGUCAAUAGUCCAAGAAACAGAACAGAGAAUUAACGUUAACCAUGUACCAGACUACAUUGAAGACAUCUAUAAGUAUCUUAAGGAAAUGGAAGUGAAAUGCAAGCCCAAAGUGGGUUACAUGAAGAAGCAGCCAGACAUCACAAACAACAUGCGGGCUAUUCUUGUGGACUGGCUAGUAGAAGUUGGUGAAGAAUAUAAGCUACAGAAUGAAACACUGCACUUGGCUGUAAACUACAUUGACAGAUUUCUGUCUUCAAUGUCAGUGCUAAGAGGGAAGCUUCAGCUUCUUGGAACAGCUGCCAUGUUGCUGGCAUCGAAGUUUGAAGAAAUCUACCCUCCUGAAGUAGCAGAAUUUGUAUAUAUCACAGAUGACACUUACACAAAGAAACAAGUCCUCAGGAUGGAGUACUUAGUUCUGAAAGUCCUUACAUUUGAUCUGGCAGCGCCUACUAUAAACCAGUUCCUAUCUCAAUAUUUCUUACAUCAGCCAGCUAGCUCCCAAGUGGAAACCCUGGCAAUGUACUUGGGAGAACUGAGUUUAAUUGAUGCUGAUACAUACCUGAAAUACCUGCCAUCAGUAAUUGCUGCUGCAGCAUUUCAUAUAGCAAGCUAUACUAUUUCUGGUAAAACUUGGACCGACUCUCUUGCUGAAGUUACGGGAUACACAAUUGAAAGUCUUAAGCCUUGUCUAAUAGACCUCCACAAGACUUACCACAGAGCAGCACAGCAUACACAACAGUCUAUACGGGAGAAAUACAAGGCUGUAAAGUACCAUGCAGUAUCUCUGAUUGACCCACCAGAGAGAAUAAACUUAUUAUAACACUCAAAAGAAGACACAACAUCUCAGAGAUGUAUAGUACCAAGCAAAUGUACAGUUCUAAACUUUUAUUUAGACUUCAGUCACUCUGGUAUAUUACCAUAGAAAAUUAUGAAGUUUUCUACUUUUAUAAUGUUUUAAUGUAAACUUUUGUAUAUGCAAUCUUGUUCUAAAUGCUUAGGUGACAUGCCUUUUAACGUUGUGUUGAAACAGACAAACCAUGCAAGUCAACCACUUGAGUACUGAUGCUCAUCCCUUUUUUUAAAAAAGAGCAUGCAGGUGGGGAUUGAGUCUAAAUCAAGUCAAAGUUCAAUAGAGUCUAUCUGCAUACUUGAAAUACUAAGGUUCAGUCUGUCCAGACUCCUAUAUAUAAUUAAGUUGCAUCAGCAUAUGUGGGAAAGUCAACUGGUGCCUAAUAUAAUUUAAAAGUGAAGCUACUUUGACACUUCCUAGUAUCCAUUAAGAAUACUCACUGGCUACUAGAGGUUUGUUUCAGCUGUUGGCAGUAGUGCUUGGUAUGAAAUUAAUGGUGAUGAAGUAGCAUAUAAAACACUGCAUUAAUGGCUUUCACUCUAACCCAUAGAAAUGGGAGUCUGGAAAACAGGGCAAGAGGUAGCACUCUUGUAACAGGGGUUGCUAUGUGGAUGGCUACUGCUGUGUAAACUGUUCUGGCUUGCACUCAGAGGUUACAAAGUGGAACUGUGCUUAACAUAUUUGGUUAUUUGAGCAUGCCAAACACUGACCUACAGAUGCAAAAGCCAUGUACAGUAUUCAGUGAUAGAGGUAAUGCAGUGCUGAACAGUGAUCUCAACUUGUGCGUAAGGGCAUCUUUAGUAAAGCAGCUGCUGUGGAAGCAUACUGAUCUGCUUUCUAGCUGCAGCUGACAAAGGCCCUUUACGUGGGUAGCUGUUCAAAUCUGAUUUGUAUUGAUCCAGGUUGGAAGUAGUGAAGUUGUUGUGCAAACUAAGCCCUAGUUUGAAAGGUUUUCUAUAUUUGUAAGGGUGGCUAAUUUUUAUAUUCAUAUUUAAGUAGGAUUGAAUUCUUAUAAACUAGACUGAUACUGUUUGACAUGAUGUGCUCACAGCAAACCAAUGCAUGGAAAGACCUAACUGUAAACCAUCGUGAAGCUGGUCAAUAAAAUCCUGUAAAAGGU